GUCCGCAGGUUUCUAUGUUGCCACAGAGUUUACGCCAUCCUGUCGAGCGUCGAUACCUGAUACAUUUUUUGUAUUCGGACUUAGCUUUCUUGUAUAGUAGCCAGUCUUCAUCUAUUGAGGUAUUCAUGACCCUAUUUAGGGCUUUUUUUACCUUCCUACGUUUUCUGUCCAGUUCUUUACCCCACCACGGUUGCUUUACCUCAGCAUCAGCAAAGGAGGAUUUUUGAUGAAAAAUCAGUUUAGCUAACUAUAGCCUUUUUUAGCAUAGACUGUUAAUAUUUCUUUACGUUUUUCAAGUAUAUUGAUUGUCAAAAAAUAUAUUUUUUUUUAUUUGAUGAUUUAACAGUUUAAUUAAAUCUUUAAUAUUUUAUUGGAGUUUUAUUUAAUUUUCAUACUUUAAUUAAGGUAGUUCCCGAAAAAGUUCGGGAAAUUACGGCACAUCUUCUCGUCCGGUAUACCUCAAAACUUGAAAACGAGACUGUACACCCAGUGCGUGUUGCCAGUGAUGACAUACGGAACUGAGACGUGGUCCUUCACUGCUGGCCGGAUGAGGAAGCUCAAGGUCGCUCAGCGACCUAUGGAGAGGGCUAUGCUCGGAGUUUCUCUGCGUGAUAAACUCAGAAAUGAGGAUAUCCGCAGUAGAACCAGAGUGACCGACAUAGCACAACGGAUUAGUAAGCUGAAGUGGCAAUGGGCCGGCCAUAUAGCUCGAAGAACCGACAACCGAUGGGGAAGAAAGGUUCUCGAGUGGCAGCCUCGUACCGGCAGGCGAAGUGUAGGGCGUCCCCCCACUAGAUGGAGUGACGACCUGGUAAGACAUGCAGGAAGUCGAUGGAUGCAGGUGACUCAGGACCGUGCUUUGUGGCAUUCUUUGAGGGAGGCCUAUGUUCAGCAGUGGACUUGUGAAGGGCUGUAAUGAUGAUAAUGAUGAAUUAAGGUAGUCUUAAACUUUCGGCCUGCAUUGUAUAUUAUAAUAACCCUUUUUAUAGUCUUGAAAAAAUUUAAACUUGGUGUUAGAGAUACCUUGCAUUAUAUAGGUUUUUAAUGAUUACUGACACUGGAUUCGAGAAACUGGUAUCACUAGCUUGUGUUUGUUGCUAGUAUUUAAAUAAUGAAUACCUAGCGUUGUUUUUAUCAGUUAUUCAUGUUUCAUUUUCACGACGUUGAAGCACUUUUUACAUAUUUAACUGAUUUAUUUUAUUGAGUAUAUUAUACAAAAUGGAUGAUUAUUAGAGGUUAUUAAGACUUUUUAAUAGAUUAGAUUGAUGGAUUUUCUGUUGACUGUAAAGUAAAGUAAAAGCCUACUUUCUCUCCACUAUUCGGCACCAGUCUCCUCUCAUGUCUGAGUGUUAUGGAGCAGGAAAGAUAUUGCCUCACUUUUCAGUGUGUUAACGAACUUCACAAAUUAACAACAAAUAUUUUUAGUAUCUCAGAUGUGUUUUUUAAAUAUUUAUCACUACUAUACAAGUUUGUAGCAUUAUCUCUGAAUUUCAAGCAGAUUGUUAGCUUACUAGUCUUUGUUACAAUUAUUUUUUUUUACACUUUCAGUAUGCAAUAUGGAGUUUUAUGUGGCUGUCAUGGAAUAUUUUUCUAAUUUGUUACUACCUCAAUUUAGGGGGACUAAAUAGGGAAAGUGGUUUAUUGUCACUGGGAACCGGAAGUGUUAGCUGGUGGGAAGGCAAUGGGUGGGGAUGUCAACCUGUCUGGGGCGAAGUGGAUGGGCCUGGUACUUGGCGGCCAGCUCAUGUAGAUGGUUGUUUUUUUCAAUGGCAUCAUGUUGAGCUUACGCAAUCUGCUAUAGCAGCAUUUCUUACUGUCACAGCCUUGCCACUCACUAUUCUCCUUGCUUAUCGUUCUUUUAAAAAACAGAAAUCAGUGUCAGGUAUGUCAGGUAUAAAUUGAAUAUUUUUUAAACCGAAAACUAACAUGUUCAAUGUAAAAAUCUAAUUAAAUAAUCAUAUUUGCAGACAAAAGUUCCUUACCUCGCCGUCCUGCGUAUACAAUAGAACUGAGUCCAACAGAAACUAACCUAAGUGAAAGUUCCAUGAAACCAAUGACGCCGAGAAGAGUCAAACGUCGUUCUGGGUCGAGAGGAACAGGGUCUUCAGUGCGAAGAUCACGUCGUUCGUAUAGAAACGCGGGAUACUUGUCCUCUACUGCGUCACUCCCACGUGACGCAAGACCUUCCCGACCUACAUCGGCGCAUUCGUCAUAUUCAAACUUUCAUGCUGCACGUCCAGCGUCUUACCACCCAACACAACAAAAUACAUUAACCCGCUCACAGGAUGUCUACGAUCCUCCCCCUCCAACUGAAUCGGUACCUAUUAUGACUAACCGAUUUAACACAAUAAGAAAAAGUGCGAGAAGUUCGAAUAACACUGGUCAUGACGUCGUCGGCCCUUACAACGAACCUAGAACAUACGAGCCUCAACAAAAUUAUGAAUCGAAUAUGCCGCCGUAUGAUAAUAUCGGGUGUGGAUACGAAGUUGCUGCACCAAGUUAUGACUCCAGAAUAGAUCCUGUUUCGCCAUGUUCCGAAUCUCCAUCAUAUGGCGUUAAUGAUUAUAAUGCGAUGGGAUACCCUGGUGGAGAAAGUGGUUGGGAAGCGCCUCCCCCUCCAGCGCCCCCGUACAGCGCACGAGCGACACCGCAAGCCCCCGGCCCGCCUGCUUACCAACAAACUAACGACACGUAUAAUAUAAUGCCCUAAUAAUUCCUUUCCUUGUGUGCCUUAUUCCAGUGAUGCUCAGUUUUUUAGAUUGAUAUUUGUAUAAAGCCUUAUUCUUAUGACAAUUGAAAUAAGUAUUGGAAAAUACCUCGUGUAUUUAUUUGAUUUUACAGGGAAUCAAUUAAAAUAAUUUUACGAUCCUAUGUAUUACAAUUAAUAUCAUGUUUAUAUAUUUCUUAAGUCAUUAUUGUUGAUGUAUGAAAUACAUUCCUUUUCUUAGUGUUAUUUUUAGAAAUUGAAUGUUAUGAGUUAUGACACAACAUCGUAAUUUAAUUGUAAUGUUGUAAAUUAGAAUUAAUUAUUACUUAAAGGUAAUUGAAUUUAUAAAUUAUACUUAAAUUUAUAUUUAAGACUUUAUUGUCAAUCUCGAAUAAAUAAGAUUAAAAAAGUGACCUUGAACAAGCACAAGUCAUAUACUAGCUAUUAAGUUUGAACAUCUGUAUUUUUCUACAAGGAUAUUUGUUAUUUAUAUACAAUUUUAUUGUUUAAAAGUACAUUCCUUUUUUAGUAUCCACCGAUCUUAACAAUUUUCCGUCCAAUAUAUGAACAAUCUCUUUUUAACUGCGUUUAAAAAUAUACUGUAACAAGCAUAGAUUGUAAGUUUUACACAUUUGCAUUCUUUUGGUUAUUCGAUUAAUAAUUUAUUAAUUAUUAAAUUAUUCCCUAAAAGAUGUCUAAAAAUAAAUUUAAAAUUCCUAAAUUUCUCCCUAAUUUGUACUUAUACAUAUAAAUAGUAUUUACGAGCUUAUUCCACUCAUAUCAACGUAUUUCUUAUAAAUUAGGACUUAGAAUGUGAGCUUUAUUAGUGUAAGAUAUUUUUAUUUUUAGACAAUUUUGGGUAAUGUUAUACCAAAUAUACUAAUUUCACAGAACUU